GGGCCUUGCUACCCACUAGGCGGCUUCCCUGGCUUUACAGUGGGAGGGGGUGAAUGACGCAGCCGCUUUUUACUCUUGUCGCUUGAAAAUUCGACCCCAACAUGGCGGCGGCCGUGAGUGGGGCUGAGGAGGAGGACGCCGCAGUGGGAAGGCAGGAGAAGGAGGCGGUCGCCCGUGAGGCAGCAGGAGAAGGAGCGGCGGGAGCAAUAGCAACAGGAGCGGCGGGAAGUGGCGGCGGAGGCGACAGUGAGGACGAUGAAGACGAUGUUUAUGAGGUGGAGAAGAUCCUGGACGUUAAAACUGAAGAUGGUAAAAUACUGUACAAAGUACGGUGGAAAGGAUAUUCACCAGAUGAUGAUACGUGGGAACCUGAAGAACAUUUAGAAGAUUGUAGAGAAGUGCUGCUUGAGUUCCGAAAGAAAAUAGUGGAUUCUAAGCCUAAACCUGUUAAAAAAGAAAUACAGAAGCUGCCUUUGAAUGAUGAUCUUUUUGAAGCAGAUUCGGAAGCAGAUAGUGACUGGCAAAGUGAUACAAAAGGAGACCUGUCUCCAAAGAAGAAAAAGAAAAAAUCUAAAGAGAAGGAGGACAAAAGUCAAGAUGAGAUGCAAAAGAAAAAGUGUAAAUCAACAAAAGGUAAAGAGAGACCUGUACUAGAACAGGAAAAUUCCUCUGAUAGUUUCGCUUCUGAUUCAAAACCAAAGAAAAGGACUUCAGAGUCAAAGGAAGACACAAAAGAUUCCAAAAAACAGAGGAGAGAAGAUUUAAAAGAGACUAGUAAAAAGAAGGGAGAAGACAGAUGGAAAGAAAAAGAUGGAAAGAAAAAAUUAAAAGAUGAGUCUAAAGAAAACAGACAUUUGCAAAAGGGAAAACUUGGUGCUCAUCAGUUAGAUGCUGAAUCAAGCUUGCUGGAAGAGUUUUUUCCCCAGGUUGCUGAUUCUGAGGCUGUGGAUUUGGAUUCAGACAGCAGUGAGGAGAAACAUAAGAUAUCUGCUGAGAAAGAGCAGUUAGAAGAGGAAAAUGUGCCAUGGGUUUCAUUUCAGCAGCUAGACAGCUCAACGAGCACAGAUGAUAGUUCUGAAGUGAGGGUUAAGAGAAAAAAGAAGAAACACAGAAAGUCUGAAGAGCCUGAGAGUAGAAAAGUGGACAAGUAUUUAGAGAGAAAAAAUGCACACAAAAAACAGAAGCCCCCAGAUAAAGUAAAAGCUGUUGUUGAGCCUGACAGUAAAAGGCCAGCUACACCUGCUCCCAUGCAGAAAGGUGUGAAACUGUCUACUGAUGAACGAGGGCGUAAGUCCACUGAUUCAGCAGGGGAGGUAAGCAACAGUUCAAAAUUGAAAAACAAAGAGACUAAGUCAGGCCCAUCCUAUGGCAAGGAUGUACCUCAAAAAGCAACAGUUGCUGAAGGGAAAGAGAAAAAUGUAAAUUGGAGAGCUGAUGAGGAGAAAAUGAAAGAGAGGCCUUCUCUGCAUUCUGUUGGGGAGAGUCUAUUUGAAAAAUUCAUCCUGGAUUCUGAAUACAGUAAAGGAGGGAGCACAGUCAACAAGAAGAAUCUCUCUAAGAGUGAAUUGAAUGCCGAGGACAUCCCAAAGGAAAGAGGCACUUUAUCUAAGGAAAAAGAAGCCAAAAAAAGUCAAUCAAAAGAAAAGCUCCCCAAGAGGUUUGAUUCUGAAAAGGAAGAAAAGGGCAAAAAAGAACAGAGGGGGUUGAAAAGUUUGAAAGAGAUCAAGAGUGCUUUUGAUGGUUUUAGCAUUUCUUCAGAAGAAAAAAAUGAAUACUUGGACAACCGAAAAAGAGAAGAGUCAGGGCAGGAUUAUAGAACUACAGAGGAAUUCAAAUCAAAAGACAGACAACUAUACAGCAGGAGCACAAGAGAUGAGACAGAUACCUGGGCUUAUAUUGCAGCAGAGAGUGAUCGUGAAGUCACUGAGGACAGUUCUGAUGCAAAGCAACAAACUGUGAGUUUGGGCAUGGACAUGCAGUUAGAGCUGCUGACGCUGGAGGACUUUCAAAAGCAUCUUGACGGAGAAGAUGAGAAUGACUUGGCAGCUGAAGCAAUAUCAUCUACUCAGCUGCGGGAUGCUGUUAAAAAUGGACACUAUGCUACGGUAAAGAUGGCACUUAAUUCAAAUGAAGAAUAUAACCUUGAUCAGGAGGAUUCUAGUGGAAUGACUCUUGUGAUGCUCGCUGCUGCAGGAGGUCAUGAUGACAUUCUUCGACUUCUCAUCAGGAAAGGAGCAAAAGUUAAUUGUAGACAAAAAAAUGGAACAUCUGCAUUGAUACAUGCUGCUGAAAAGAACAACCUAACUACUGCAGCCAUCCUUUUAGAAGCUGGGGCGUACGUGAAUUUGCAGCAGAACAGUGGUGAAACGGCUUUAAUGAAGGCUUGUAAGAGAGGAAACUAUGAUAUUGUUCGUCUUAUGAUUGAAAGUGGAGCAGACUGUAACAUUUCAUCAAAGCAUCAGAGCAACGCCCUUCAUUUUGCCAAACAGUGCAAUAACCUACUAGUGUAUGAACUCCUCACAAGUCACUUGGCUACGCUCUCACGAGUAGCAGAAGAGACUAUCAGGGAAUAUUUCGAAGCCCGACUUAUUUUGAUGGAACCUGUAUUUGAUAUUGCAUGUCAUCGACUUUGUGAAGGACCAGAUUAUUCUUCAGAGUUCACCUAUAAACCCCCACAGAAGGUUGAAGGAUCUGGAAUUCUUUUAUUCAUUUUCCAUGCAAACUUCUUUGGUAAAGAUGUUGUUGCUCGGCUCUGUGGACCAUGCGGUGUACAAGCUGUGGUUUUGAAUGACAAAUUCCAGCUGCCUGUGUUCCUGCCCAGCAGAGUUUGCCAUCCUGCAUGGACAGAGCAGUUCACCCAGCGGAUUUUCCAGGACAGUCACUUUAUUUACUCCUUCAGUCCUAUACAAGGCCUUAACAAACUCUUCAUACGAUUGGUAGAAGCUCCUACUGCCAAGGUAAAGUUGCUGAUAGGUGCAUACAGAGUACAGUUGCAGUAACCUCUUGAACCUCACGUUAUUGAUGCAGAUACUUUCUUGGUAGUAUUUUUGGUUACUUUAUUACUUUCCUUUUGAGUCAGAUCAAGCAGUUUGGAACUCCUGGUGUAUUCAGUGCUCUGAUAAUGGUUCAACCUCUGUUUCUUUUUUACUUGAUCUUGGUUUACAUGUGAAUUUUCUUGCUAGCUAGCAGAUAUUGUGCUGCUCAAGAAAUUGGGCAAGAUGGUUUUAUUAUGUAGAUAUAGAUGUAUUUGUGCCAGUGACUGUAAUUCCAUUUUACGUUGCAAAGUCCAGACUGCGUAUUUCAGCAUUUCCACAAUGUGGAGUGGUGCAAAACCUUAAAAUGAACUAAGUUUCUUUUAAAAGUGAAAUUCUUGAUUGUUUGUAAAGGCUAAAAGUUUGUCCUGACUUUGGUGUUUAUAUUUACACUUUUAGCAAGUAGAACUGCAUUUGCUAUUGCUGUUACUGCAGGAAGAUAGGUUGCAUUAUUGCUUUAAUAAAGAACUGAUGGUAACUGGAUAUUGGGAUGACGUUUGGCUGGAAAGCUUGAACAAAAAUUGGGUUGGUUAUAUUAUCAGGUUGCAUUCUUGAUAAACUAUUUCCACCUAUUAUAAUUAUUGACUUGUAACAAGAUAUUUUCAAGUUAUUUUGUAAAAGAUAGACCAUAUUUAUAGACUUAAGGAGUCAUUUGAUACUCUAAUUAAAUGACCCAAUUGUAUUGGCUGACAGCAGUUCUGUAGUGGUUCUGGGCUAAUAAAAAUGUAAAAAUGAUAAAA